GGGAGAAGACCACGUUAGCAUUGUAUUCCGUGCCUAUCCACGAUUAGAACCAAGGAGAAACACAGGUAAUGAAUGUAUAGAUUGCGGCGCGCGUCAUGAACCCCGAUCACCCCCUCGAUGAACCGUACAUCUGUAACAAGAGUGAUAGGGAAUCUCAUAGCCUCCCCGACAGCAACCCAUCGACCCCCCCAACUUCGUUUACUCCCACGUUCCCUUUCUUUUUCCUUUUUACGCAUCUCCCUUAAGUCCCGCAAAAAUAAUCCAGGAACCGCCAAAAAGACAAGGCCGCAAAGAGUACCGAACGCAAUUUAUAUGCCACUUUUGAACGAACCCAUUUCCCGCAUAUCAUCCAUUGUUCGUAAAUUCUUCCUAUUUGAAUUCUUCGUUCCCUGUCUCGGUGGGCAUACCCUUUUUACCCUCCUCGUGUGGUCCCGUUCUCUUCAAAACAUGCUUGCCGUCGAUUUUGUGGAAGUCCUUCUCGGUUGUGCCACUGGUGCCGUCUUCGGAUACGGCUACCGAAGGAGUAGUGCUCGUCUCUGGGAUUGCUCUUGGAAGAGUCUCUCCGGAGCGGACUGCCCGGAGUUCGACAGGACCGGGGUAGUAGAUUGUCGUGUUGUCGACCACGCGCGUCGAGUUGGCGACGGGGAAAUCUCGCGGCUCGUGUUUGGGUACUACAACAGCCCGGGAGCUGCCAAACGGAACGACAAGUGUGAAGCGGAGGAGAACGUGCUGGUGCAUCUCGCAGCAAGACUGGUAGGGAACUGGCCCUUUCGUCGUUUCGUCGGUGGUGUUGUCGAGACAGUGCUAGGGAUUCGGCAAGGGCGUUCUCGAGGGCCGUCAAGGAAAUUGUGUAAAGACAUAGAAUAAGUCUUGAGGAAAGUCGAGACGCGCUUGAAAGGCUCGGUUCUGCUUCAAAAGUUUAUUGUAGUUGACUGGUAAAUGGCCUGGCAGCACCGCGGCUAAGCCAGAUCUCUCCGUCGCCGGACUGUGACCACCGGUCUUUUCAGGCG